AUGGCGGCAGCGGCGACGAUGGUCAGCUCGGCGGGGAUGUUAUUGGCGAUGCUUAAUGAGAGCCACCCGCAGCUUAAGCAACACGCGCUUUCUAAUUUAAAUGCCUUUGUGGACUUCUAUUGGCCGGAGAUAUCUACCUCCGUUCCCGUCAUGAGUUCAUUGUGUGAUUGUUCACCUGCAUUAGUCUUGUUAGAAUUGCAGUGGGAACUGAGGAUAAUCAUUCUAGUCAUUGUGGAGGAAUUUAUGGGACAUCGCAUGCUAGCUAUGAGAAACUUCUUCUGCACAAACUGGGCCGUCAUUUGCACCAUUACGGUUGUUUUUGCUUUGAUAUGGGUUCAUUAUUUGCAACAUAUCUGUGUUCUCUCUCAGGUUUUUUGUUAUUUGGGUGAACUAAAUGACUCAUUAUCGUAUGCCCUUGGAGCUGGCCCUCUAUUCGAUGUAUCGGAAGAUUCAGAUUAUGUCCGGACUAUUCUAGCUAAAGCUAUAGAUGAAUAUGCUGACCUCAAGACCAAGGCUGCUGAGUCAAAUGAAGCAGCAAAGAUAGAUCCAAGAUUGGAAGCCAUUGUUGAAAGAAUGCUUGAUAAGUGUAUAACUGAUGGAAGAUAUCAACAAGCUGUGGGAAUGGCCAUAGAAUGCCGAAGAUUGGAUAAGCUUGAGGAAGCAAUUAUAAGAAGUGACAAUAUUCAAGCAACCCUAUCCUACUGUACGGAUGUCUCUCACAAUUUUGUCAACUCUAGAGAAUAUCGGCGUGAGGUGCAACGUCUUCUUGUUAGAGUAUUCCAAAAACUGCCAUCACCUGAUUAUUUAAGCAUAUGUCAGCUUCUCAUGUUUUUGGAUGGACCAGAGGACGUUGCUGGUGUAUUUGAGAAACUCUUAAGAUCAGAAAGCAAAGAUGAUGCUUUAUUGGGAUUUCAAAUAGCUUUUGACCUUGUAGAGAAUGAACACCAAGCUUUUCUUUUGAAAGUGAGGGACCGACUUUCCAGUCCCAAGGGAGAACCCUCAGUGCCUGCACAGUCUGGAUCUGCUGAGCUACAUUCUUCACGGGUAAAUACCACAACGGAGGAUGCUCAGAUGACAGAGGGUAGUCAAGAUUCUGAAGGAAAUGUGUCCCAUGCUGAUCCAAAGGAAGCUAUUUAUGCUGAGAGGUUAUCAAAAAUAAAAGGAAUACUGUCUGGAGAGACUUCCAUACAGUUGACAUUGCAAUUCUUAUAUAGUCAUAAUAAAUCGGAUCUCCUAAUUCUCAAGACAAUAAAGCAAUCUGUUGAGAUGAGAAAUAGUGUUUGUCAUAGUGCAACUAUAUACGCUAAUGCCCUUAUGCAUGCUGGGACAACUGUCGACACGUUUCUCAGGGAGAAUUUGGACUGGCUUAGCCGGGCUACAAAUUGGGCUAAGUUUAGUGCAACAGCAGGACUAGGAGUUAUUCACAGAGGCCAUUUACAGCAGGGAAGAUCGCUAAUGGCUCCUUACUUGCCACAGAGUGGAGCUGCUGGUGGUGGCAGCCCAUAUUCAGAAGGAGGUGCCUUGUAUGCUCUGGGUUUGAUUCAUGCUAAUCAUGGGGAGGGCAUCAAACAGUUUCUACGUGAUAGCCUGAGGAGCACUAAUGUUGAGGUUAUUCAGCAUGGUGCCUGCCUUGGUCUUGGUUUGGCAGCAUUGGGAACUGCUGAUGAAGAUAUUUUUGAUGAUAUAAAGAAUGUCCUUUACACGGACAGUGCCGUUGCUGGUGAAGCUGCUGGAAUCAGUAUGGGUUUACUGAUGGUUGGGACUGCAAGUGAGAAGGCAAGUGAAAUGCUUGCUUAUGCGCAUGAGACACAGCAUGAGAAAAUUAUCAGGGGUUUGGCACUGGGGAUAGCUCUGACAGUUUAUGGAAGAGAAGAAGGAGCUGAUACACUGAUUGAGCAGAUGACUCGGGAUCAAGAUCCCAUACUACGUUAUGGAGGAAUGUAUGCAUUGGCGUUGGCUUACAGUGGAACUGCAAACAACAAGGCCAUUCGACAGCUGCUGCAUUUUGCUGUAUCAGAUGUGAGCGAUGAUGUUAGGCGCACUGCAGUUUUGGCACUUGGUUUUGUUAUGUACAAUGAUCCAGAACAGACUCCUCGGAUCGUCUCCCUGCUCUCUGAAUCAUACAAUCCACAUGUUCGUUAUGGUGCAGCUCUUGCCGUUGGCAUAUCAUGUGCUGGUACCGGUCUGAGUGAGGCCAUAUCAUUGCUGGAGCCUUUGACAUCAGAUGUAGUUGAUUUUGUUCGUCAAGGAGCUCUCAUGGCGAUGGCCAUGGUAAUGGUUCAGAUCAGUGAAGCCAGUGAUUCCCGUGUUGGUGCAUUCAGGAGGCAAUUGGAGAAAAUUAUUCUGGAUAAGCAUGAAGACACUAUGAGCAAGAUGGGUGCAAUUUUGGCAACGGGAAUCUUGGAUGCUGGUGGAAGGAAUGUGACAAUAAAGUUGCUUUCAAAGACAAAACAUGACAAAGUAACUGCAGUUGUUGGUCUUGCUGUUUUUAGCCAAUUUUGGUACUGGUAUCCGCUCAUAUACUUCGUUAGCUUGUCAUUCUCACCGACAGCUUUCAUUGGUCUCAAUUAUGACCUUAAAGUUCCGAAAUUUGAGUUCCUAUCUCAUGCAAAACCAUCAUUGUUCGAAUAUCCCAAGCCCACAACUGUAGCCACCACCACUUCAGCUGUCAAGCUUCCUACAGCCGUUUUAUCCACAUCAGCCAGAGCAAAGGCCAGGGCGAGUAAGAGAGAGGCAGAGCAGAAGGCAAUUGCUGACAAGACUUUUGGAGCAGAGUUACCAUCUGGAAGUGGAACUUCUGGGAAGGCUAAAUCUGGUGAUAAGGAUGGAGAAUCCAUGCAGGUUGAUGGUGCUGCAGAAAAGAAAUCAGAACCAGAGCCUAAUUUUGAGGUUUUGACCAACCCUGCAAGAGUUGUUCCUGCCCAAGAGAAGUUCAUCAAAUUCAAGGAAGACAGUAGAUACGUGCCGGUGAAAUUAGCACCUUCAGGGUUUGUGCUUCUGAAAGAUCUGCGCCCAACUGAACCAGAGGUGUUGUCUUUAACCGAUUCACCCUCAUCAACAAUGUCGAAUGCUGGUGCAUCAGCAACGGCACAACAGGGUACUGGAUCUGCAAUGGCGGUUGAUGAGGAACCUCAGCCACCUCAGCCUUUUGAAUACACAGCUUGAUUUAUUCUCUUCAAGAUUCCUGCUCGGCUCCAAGGGUUCAAUUGCCACACAUUGUCGAUUUCUCUCUUCAAAGUUUCAGUUUAGCAGCUUGUGUAAGGAAUUAGCAUCGAUGAAUUGCCUUCAUCUUUUAAUGCUGACACAGGAUGUGAACUUGUAUUUGUUGAAUUAAGUUAAUGAAAGUUGCAGAAAGUAUCACCUUCAGAAUUUUCCGGUUUGUGUGUGCGCGCGCACACUCCUCUUUUUUUUUCUGUUCUUUUUCAUUUGUAACAAGGUUUUGAUGGUCUCGUACCAUUUUUGUUCUGGUUAAUACGAAAAAUAUUUGGAGCCAGUUUUGAUUGGUGU